AUGGCUUCCCUGGCAUCGGCUGCUCGUGACAUCCCCAAGGCCGCCUCCUCGAACCGAGACAACUUAGCUGUUGUAGCGGAUCGGAGCGACUCGGCGACUGUGGCGCAUUCUCAUACCCUCCCGACUCCCCCAAACUCGAUAUCCCCGGCUUUGCCUGCCCACGGCCUCAAGGCUCAGCUCCAAAAGGCUAAUCUCGAUCCCGUCGACUCCGACUUGGACCUCCACGACAAUGCCUCGCCCCGUAGCAGGUUAUCGUCCCCCGCCGCCCACGAGGCCUCGGGCGCCAUCACUAGCGCCAUGCUCGCCAAGUACCACCUUCCGGACAUCUUACUCAACCACGGUCCUCUGGCCAUCAGGCACAUCAUGGGCUACCUGACGACGUCGGUUCCGGGCUUUUCCGGCAUUCCGCCCACAAAGGCGCGCAGAGUCGUGGUCGGGGCUUUGGAGGGGCGAGGCGGAGGCGAGAGAGGGGGGUUGCACGGGGACGUGGACUUUGAGAAGGUGGGAUGGGGUCGCUGGAACGCUCGUCGCGACCGUCGACGCACUCCGCCGGCCUCAUCCGGUGCGGCCAUUCCCAUCUCCAGGAUUGGCACGCGAAGCCAGGAGAGAGCCCGGGCAAACGUCUCCGGGUCCGUCGGGGAAGAGUCGGUUCAUUUCUCCCACGACGAUCAAGACAUUCACUUGUUGGAGACGGAGGCCGACAAGAUGUCCAUGGACGGUUCCGCCUCGGCCUCGUGCUCGGAGGCUCCCGACGACGACGUUGCCAUGAACGACGAUCCCGAGGAUGCCACCGACGACGAGGACUGGGCGGCCAUGGGUGCCGCGGCUCUCAGGGCCGAGUCGUACCCCAACAUGGCUGUUGCCCAGUCUAGCGCCAAUCUUCGACCCGACUUUCUUCCCGGGGGGCUGCGUUCCUUUUCCGCGACCUCCGGCAUGGCGCGUCCGCCGCUCCAGCCGGCGAACCUUGACCUGGUGGCUCUGGCGGCCGCGUCUGAUGCCCAGGAGCGCGAGGCUGUCGAAGCUCUUCUACGACUCGGAUCUGUAUAG